UGACCCUGAUGCGAGAGUGCCACUCCUGUGACGUCAACAGACCAAGACGGAAGAAGAAGAAAUAACAAGAAACCCCAGAGAGGUUGAAGGGCUGCUGCUUCUGCUGGUGCGUAAGUGGUUGCAGUCCAACCCAUUUUCUGCCACCAUGGAUUUGCUCUUUGGGCGCCGGAAGACUCCGGAAGAGAUGCUGCGGCAAAAUCAGCGGGCCCUGAACCGCGCCAUGCGAGAACUGGAUCGUGAGCGACAGAAGUUGGAAACCCAGGAGAAAAAGAUCAUUGCUGACAUCAAAAAGAUGGCUAAGCAGGGGCAGAUGGAUGCAGUCAAGAUCAUGGCCAAAGAUCUGGUGCGGACGAGGCGUUACGUCAAGAAGUUCAUCAUGAUGAGGGCCAACAUCCAGGCAGUCUCCCUCAAAAUACAGACCCUCAAGUCAAACAAUUCCAUGGCUCAGGCAAUGAAGGGUGUCACUAAAGCCAUGGCCACCAUGAACCGACAGCUGAAGCUACCCCAGAUCCAGAAGAUCAUGAUGGAGUUCGAGAAGCAGUCAGAGAUCAUGGAGAUGAAGGAGGAGAUGAUGAACGAUGCCAUUGAUGAUGCCAUGGGGGAUGAGGAGGAUGAGGAGGAAAGUGAUGCUGUAGUCUCCCAGGUGCUGGAUGAACUGGGUCUGACAUUGACAGAUGAACUGUCUAACCUGCCUUCAACUGGUGGUUCUUUGAGUGUGGCUGGUGGCAAGAAAGCCGAGGCUUCGGCAGCUCUCGCUGAUGCAGACGCUGACCUGGAGGAGCGGUUAAAGAACCUGCGGCGGGACUAGCGGGCAUGGAGCUGGGCUCCCUGUUCUCCCCCUUCCCAAAGCUGUGGUGUAGCUCUUAAACACCCCCUCCCCCAUCUCACACCUGCCUCUGUGGCAGAGAAUAGAGCCCCACUGACUUCUAGGGAUGACCGCGACCAUCAUAGAGGGAGGCAGUGGUGCCAGCACCUGGUAGUGCUUUUACUUUCCUCCUCCUCCUGUUUUGAAAAGGACUUCUUAAUGCCACCCAGCAGGGUUGUGGUCCCCAAAGGGUUUUUCUUUCAUUUGGUUUGUUAAAUGUCUCCAUUCCACAAGCCUGGGUGGUUUGGAGACUCUAAUAUGCUCUCUUCUGAACAGAGGGUGUGGGUGAUGGAACCCGUUAUAAUCCCCUGUCCAGUUCUUGAUGUUCUUUUGGGUGGUGAAGGGGAGCACCUUGGCGGAUACCUACAGGCAGCACCUUGGCUGGUACCUCCUGCCUCUGCGAAGGCAGCAAGAGGUUUCCCAGCAUUUUUUCUGGCUGAAAGCUUUAUGUACACCCCUGGGAGACAGAUGGGCCUCGCCAUUGUACCCUCUCGUCUCUCUUGUAAUAAAGGUAGUAGGUUUGUACUGAAAGAA